AUUAAAAAGUUUGAGAAAUAAAAAUCACAAUCCUUGCCCUUUUUUGCUUUUGAAAAAAUUCAAUUGUAAUACACAGCUUAAUAGAAGAACUAGAAUGGCGGAGGCCAUUGUAUCUUCAGCGGUUGACAGAAUCAGUCACCUGCUCAUCCAGGAAGCAGACUUAUUGCUAGGAGUGAGCAAUGAAGUGAAGCUUUUACGAGCUGAACUAACGCGGAUGCAGGGCUUUCUGCAAGAUGCUGAUCGUAAGCAAGAACAAGACGAAUGUGUUCGAAAUUGGGUGACAGAAAUCAGAGAUGCUGCUUAUGAUGCUGAGGAUAUCAUUAACACCUUCAUAAUUAGAGUUGCCCGCAGAGAAGGUGGAUAUUUUCUUGAGAAGUUGGUUCCCAUCUUAAGCAGUAGGCUUUACCAAUAUAAAAUCAGUAAACUCAUCAAAUCCAUCCAUGGCAAGAUUGUGGAUAUUUCUAGUAGCAUGCGAAGCUAUGGGAUCUACUUCAAUGGCGAAGGAGAUGGCUCAAGUACUUCAACUGCCAAGAUGAACGGGCAACUGAGAAGAUCAUAUCUCCGGGUCGAGGAAGAGCUUGUCAGCUUGAAGAGUUGCAGAAAGGAUGUUAUGGAUCGAUUGAUGAUAGAAGAAGAACGCUUUCGUGUUGUUUCAAUUGUGGGAUUUGGAGGAUUGGGUAAGACAACUCUUGCCAAGAAAGUGUAUAAUCAGAAUGAUGUGAGUGAGCAAUUUGAUUGUAAAGCUUGGGUCUUUGUAUCUCAGAAAUGUGCUACGAAGGAUGUUUUGCGAAGUAUCCUGAUCCAAGUAAUGAGGGGAAAAAGAGAUAUUCAUGGAAGAUUGAAAGAUGAAGAGAUGGUGGAGAUUCUCUACCAGUUUUUAAGAGAGAAACGUUAUCUGGUGGUUCUUGAUAACAUAUAUAGAAAAGAGGUUUGGGAUAGUUUGAAAUAUGUUUUUCCGAAUGGAAAGAAAGGAAGCAAAGUAUUGCUCACCACACGUAACAGAGAAGUAGCUAUGCAUGCAGAUCCCUGGAGCUCUCCGAUAGAACCUCGCCUUCUGACAAAUGAAGAGAGUUGGAAGCUAUUCUGCAGAAAAGCAUUUGCAAAAAACAGUGUCACUGAUUGUACUUGCCCACCAGAGUUUGAAAAGAUUGGAAGGGAGAUGGUGAAAAAAUGCAGCGGACUAACUCUUGCAGUUGUGGUUCUUGCAGGAAUAUUAGCAACAAAGAGGUCAUUGAAUGAGUGGAGAGCAGUGCAAAGAAAUAUUAAUGCACACUUGAACAAGUAUAAGCAGCAACAGCAACAUGGAGGCAUCUAUGGAAUUUUAGCAUUGAGCUACCAAGAAUUGCCUUUUCAUUUAAAACCAUGCUUUCUAUAUUUUGGGGUCUUUCCAGAGGAUUGUGAGGAGAUCCCAAAAAAGAAACUAAUUCGGCUAUGGAUUGCAGAAGGAUUCGUAUCCCAACGAUUUGAAGAAGAUGGAGAAGAGACCAUGGAAGAUGUAGCAGAAAAAUAUUUGGAAGACUUGAUCGAUAGGUGCAUGGUUCAGGUAGGAAAAUGGGAAUCUACUGGUAGAGGGGUGAAAACAUGCUGCAUUCAUGAUCUUAUGCGAGAUCUGUGCGUGUUGAAAGCUAGAGAGGAAGAUUUCCUCGGACUAAUUCAGCAAAAGGGACAUUCAAUUCUGCAGUUGGCGACUGCUAAUCCGCGUAGAAUUACCAUCCACCCGCUUGAGCAUUCUUUCCAAGAUCAUGAGAGUCAUGCACCGGUUGUACAAGGUUAUCCGCACUUGCGCUCACUUCUGUGCUUUGGCAACAGGUAUGGACAAGAUUUCAUAGAAGUAACACAUGGAAUUUCUGAUUUUAAAGAAUUCAAACUACUUAGAGUAUUGCAUCUUGAGGAUGUGCAUCUCUAUUCUAGUAAAUCAAUUGGUAAUCUAUUCCAUUUGAGGUAUCUUGGGUUGACGUCUACCAAGUCCUCAGGGUCACUUGAUUUGCCUCCACAUUCCAUAGCCGACUUGCAGAGCUUAACAACACUGGAUAUCAGGGGCUACAACAUGACAAGACUAUCCAAUGGUGUGUCCAAUUUGGUAAGUUUGAGACAUUUGUUGUUACCUCUUAAUCAAGAUCAAGGGCGGUUUCAAAUCGAUACUUUGAGAAAACUUGAAACUCUUAAGUAUAUAAGUUUCAAGAAUUUGAUUAGAGGAAAUGCAAUGCUCAAACUAACUAGUCUCCGAAGCUUAGGAGUUAUGUUCAAGGCAUCAGAAGAAGCUGAUGUCGUCUUAAAGUCUCCUGUCAUGAUAUCAGGUUACCUUCGAACAUUUCAUAUGUGGAUGAUGUCUGCUAAUGCAUUUUCAAAUCUUGAACCACUUUCUCAUUGUCAGUAUCUCAACAAACUGAAGAUUCUUGGAAGAAUACUUGAUGGUAAUUUGGAAUAUCUACCGAUAACUUUGUCCAAGUUAACUUUGUUUGCAUCUAAACUUCAACAGGAUCCAAUGGCAGUGCUUGAGAAGCUUCCCAACUUAACGUUUCUCCAUCUAGGAGAAGAUUCAUAUAAUGGAUCUAAAAUGGUUUGCUCUGUCAAUGGAUUUCCCUGCCUGGAGAUUCUUGAGAUUACUGGAUUAGAUUUGCAAGAAUGGGAGGUGACAGAAGGUGCAAUGCCAUCGCUCAGGAUGCUGUAUAUCAGGAAUUUGCCUAGACUGAAGAUGAUUCCUGAAGGUUUAAUGUCUAUUUCUACACUCCAGCAUCUAGCUAUUAGUGGAAUGACAAGAACAUUAAGAAAUCGGAUAAAAGCUGGUAAAGGGGUGGUAGAAGGAGAGGAUUUCUACAAAGUGCAGCAUGUUCCUUUCAUAGAAAUAAUAGAUUAAA